ACACACACCUUUAAAUAACCGUUGAACUCUAACCCCUGACCUUUAACCCUCCAACCAUGACAUCUGCUGGUUUACAUCCUUCAAUUGCAUUGGGCUGCUGAGGGCAAGACAGACCCAUGGAUAGUUGAUAUUAUGAAAGACGGGUCACAGAGGGUGUUGCCUGAUGCCAAACAGAAUAGAUAGGAGCUAGAGUUGGAAGUGAGGAGUACUACACUGUACUGAAGAAGAACACUUUAUUAUCCAUUGUCACAUUGUCUGCUUUACACCAACCACAAUGUGAAAGGUCAUGGAGUUUCCCUGUUUUAUUUCUCCAUCCUGUUUUCUUUCUUUGAAUGCACGCUGGCCUUUUGUUUCAUUUCUCUUUUUUUCUACCCCUCUCUCCUACCUCCUGCUUGUCUCUCUUCUCCUCUCUCCUGUACCGGUUUUCCGCUAUCAUCCGCCUGUCCAUGCCUUCAUCCCUCCACUCCUCCAACUUCCAUCCCUUUACCCCUCCACUCCUCCAACUUCAAUCCCUUCAUCCCUCCACUCCUCCAACUUCCAUCCCUCUAUCCCUCCACUCCCCCACACACAGCCUUGCCGCCACAUCUCCAGAUCAGUGCUCCCAGAAGCCUUUGCAGACCGCCGUGGUUUUAUUGAACUCAAACGGCAAAACCUCUCAGGGGUCAGGAGGAGACAUCUCCAUGACAACCCUCUGCCUGGGCGCACCCCCAGCCUUCAAGCCCCCCAAAGCCCGGGGCGGGGUCUCAUUCGGAACGGAAUGGUUUUCAGUGCUCCGCCCCUCCACAGUCAAUGGGACACUGAAGUUUUCUCGCUCUCUGAACGAUGUUGGCCAGCGCAUGGAUAGUCUCUGUAGUGGACUGCACUUCAUAGACCGGACCUGUUCUGAAGGAGAGCUGGAGGUUAAACCCGAACCACCCAACACGGACCGGAAGUCCAAAGCACUCAACGGCAAAUCAGCCACACUCCCACACCAGGCCUCAAACCUACCUUCGUUCCCCACGCACACACACACCCACACACACCCUCACCUUGUCCCCUCGUUCACCAACAACUACAAAUACCUCAACCCCCAACACUGCCUCCAACCUCCCUCUACCGGCGUCCCCCCUCCUCCUCCUCCUAACUCCCACCUCCACCCUCCCAGCUCCAACCUCCUCCGCCUCUUCCUCCCUUUCUCUCGCUCCUCUACUUCGGCCAGUCUCCAGUGUUCUGAGCUGGGGAGCUAUGAUUCCCGCCUCCACAUCACCAAAUCCUCCAGUGCCCUGAUGGGGAGCAGCGAGCCUCCCCUGGGGGGAGCAGAGGACCUCUUGGGGGAUGACGAGGUGUUUGAGGUCCCCAAGGGAAGGACAGGGGCUGGAAUCCCAGGAAGAGAUGCUGGCAGCGGGGUAGCGGCUCUCCUCGGGGAAGCCCCCCUCUGCUACAUGGACGAAGACAGCGAUCUGGACCAGUUUUCGUUCCUGGACCAGUGUUCGUCACCCACCCACUCAGAGAAAACAGGGCCGCUCACGCCAGGCCCGCUCUCUCCCUAUUCGCUGUCCGGAGACUGCUGCAGGUGGGUGAUUCCUGGAUUGUCACCCUGUGCUGUUUUGUGGUAGAGUUCCAUAGAAUGCCAUUGCUGGAUCCUGCUCACCCCUCCUGGGACGUGACGUAGUAGAGUCCUGCCCAGCCCAUCCUGUGAAGUGGUAGAGCCUUAACACCCCUGUGACGUGACGUGGAAGUAGAGUCCUUUGGUCCACCCCCUUUCAACCUUGCGGUGGUAGAGUCCUGUGGUCCAACCCCUUUCAACCUUGUGGUGGUAGAGUCCUGUGGUCCACCCCCUUUCAACCUUAUGGUGGUAGAUUCCUGCACGGCACACACUCCCUGCCCCAGCUCAAAUUAGGUAGUUGUCCUGGGAGAGCCUGAACACCCCUGUGACGUGACGUGGAAGUAGAGUCCUUUGGUCCAA